ACACACUGUUUCGGUUUCGAUCUCACAUCAGCGCCAGUUGAUUCGCACAGCUGAAGCACAGCGGUCAGAGUUUCGAAAGAUCUUUCUCGCACCGCCACAUCCGAGGGAUACGUAUCUGAAACUGGCUGCUGGCCGCUAGCCAUAUAUGUCUGUUCCGCCUCUGAUGCAUUCUGCUCGCCUUCGUUGAUUUCGACAGUCGGUCUCCAGUCGCAUCUUCGGUCCAUCCACAGUCACCAUGGGUCUGGGCGCCACUACAGUGAAGCAUGUGCUGCUCUUGCUGAACUUCGUGUUUUCCGUGCUCGGUCUGGCGCUGAUCGCCUUCGGAAUUUUCUUUUUGAUCUCCGCCGCCGAGAAUGCAGUCAGCAUUGGUGAAAAUGUGGCCGGUGGCCUGAUCAUCGGCCUGGGCGUUGUCAUCCUGAUCAUCGCGAUCUUCGGCUGCCUGGCCGCCAUCCACGAGGCUCCUGUCAGACUGCUCAUCUACGUGGGUGCCGUGGUGCUCCUGAUCCUCUCCCAGCUGCUGUUCCUCAGCAUGACCUCCCAUGGCACCAAGGACGGCAUCUCGGGCAGCGUCAACGAGGGCUUCGACCGCCUCUGGGAGGCGGAACGCAACCAGACGGGCGCCCUGAGCUACUACGAGAGCUGGCUGCAGUGCUGCGGAGUGAACAGCUCCGAGGACUACUGGAUCAUCCAUCACGGCAUACCCUCCAGUUGCUGUCUGGACAACAAGUGCUUGGACUCAAAGGACAGGGUGUUUAAGCCCGGCUGCAAGGCCGAGUUCGUCAAGUAUCUGGACGAUAAGCUACUGGUAUUCAAAAUCGUCUGCUGGCUGCUUGUCAUCGGAGAGGCUGUGGGAGCUGUUUUCGGUUGGCUGCUCUACAGCAGCGUUAAGAACCAGAGCCGACGCAAUAAUGCCGUCUGGAUGUGAAGCGUUUCUAAGUCAUCUGAGUAUUGAUUAAUUCUAUAUUUUUAGUCGUUUUCCAAUCAAAUGUUAAACUUCUGAAUCUUUUAACUGCUGUUUACUAAUAGGUAAAAUUCUACAGAUAUUUUUGCACCAAUUACUUACAUUACAAGCUAUAUUCUUCAAAAUGUGUACAUAGGUUUUGAGUUCAAAAAAUAGGCUGUUCCGUGAAAUUAAAUAAUUAGUAUGGAAUAAA